AUGGAGGGUCAGACCUCCAUAGGGUUGGAGGGAAAUCAAAUACCUCCCGCGGACCACAAGGCCGGAGAAGGACACUCCGAAAUCAAACCCCUGUACAUGGGCUUCUCCGACAUAUUCGGAGUAGAGGUCGUGGACAGUGCUGUAUGUCUCGGCUGGGGCAUACAGAAGAGAUGGCGGCAGAUGAACCCUCCGGGGCCAACGGCGGCGCUCACGUCC